AGCCGCGGGAUCCAUAUCGAUAGCAGCGCCAACGAAUUUUCUUGCUGUUUUUUUAAUUUAUGUAAAUGCCUAACGUUAGGCCCGAGCUCCUGCCUGGUGGAUCAGACAGCCAAAUACGGAAUAUAUGGAAUUGUGUGUUAACUGUAAACAAUAAUUGCCAUGGCGGGAGAUUUCCAUUCUUUCAAGCAAAGGAUUUGUCAAAGAAUUCUGAAGAUGAGGGAUUGUGCGCUUAUGAUAACAUCGCUAUAUUCGGUGUUUAUGUUCAUUGUUGUGUGCUACCUUCUCCAUCGAUCACCUCCCAAAGUACAAACCGUAAAUGGCAGAUAUCAGCGAUUUCGGUUUAUAGGUAGUCCCACAGAGGACAUCAGCGAUACGGAGUCCACAUCGCCUAACCGAAGUCCGAACACUGGAUACUUCAUUCUGGAUACAAAUGAAACAUUCACUAAGCGGUGCUCACGGUGCUCGUUGGUCUCGAGUAGCGGUCACCUCUAUGAAUCAGGAGCAGGUGCCGACAUCGACAGCGCCGACUGUGUGAUCAGAAUGAACACCGCCCCCGUCACCGGCUGGACGGAGGACGUCGGCGCUCGAACCGACAUCCGUAUCAUCGGACACGUCAACCUACCGCGGGGCCUUGUGAAAAAAAGUAUCCUGCGACAAGAGAUUCUGGUGGAUGAGCAAACCAGAGCCAGCUAUAUCAUCGUUCCAUGGCUCUACGACGAGAAGAUCAACAUGUCGACUCAUAGGAUUUUCAAGAUUGCGCGGGAUUUCAAAGGGCGGUUUCCCCAAGUGAACUUUGUUUUCUUGACUAGAGAAAAGUACGAAGCGUCCGAGAGAAGGUUCAAGCUUGAGACGGGAUUUUCGAGAACUCAAAUCAAAACAUGGUUUAGUACCGGUUUCGUGUCCAUGAUGUUCGCCCUCGAUGUAUGCGACAAAGUAGAGGUUUAUGGACUAUCAACAUCACAAUUUUGCAUUGUCCAUCCCAAAUCCAAGGUCCCAUAUCACUACUAUGAACCCGACGGAGCAAGGGAAUGUUCCUUCCAGCGAACCAAUGAACUCGGACUGGGCGACGGCCAUAAAUUCAUGACGGAACGUGCCAUGUUUGCCCGCUGGUCUCUCAUCUACGACAUCACGUUCCACUAUCCAUCUUGGAAGGCCACUAUCAAGAACGCCACCGGUAAUUUGGAUACGCCGUUCCUACGGAAGUACAAGGAAGCGCUGAAGACGGGAAAGCUGGAUGAUAUUCCGCAGUACGUCUACAGGAACGGGAAGCGGUACCGCGUCAUUUACCGGCGCGUUCCAAGAAAGGUUGCAAGAGCAAAAACGAACCAGACAAAAGAGAUUGUCAACAAGCCUCCAGGAAAUCAAACAUCAGAGAACAUGGCUUUACAAACUAACGACCAGAACCAGAAUGGUAAGAGUAAUGAUACCCUGAUAAAGGAAAGAAGUAUCGAGAAAGAUGUAGAAAAAGAAUCUCCAGGUUCACCUAAAAACGAUACGAAUGGGAUCGAGAAAAAGGCUCAUGAGGAUGGAAAGUCAAAAUCAAAAGUGGCCAUCAAAAGCCAGGAUCGGACAUCCAAUAAGGCCAAAUCGCAUAUAAUAAAGAGAACGAUUGUCAAGAGAGUCGUUAGGAAAAAGCACAAUCAAACCGAUAAAGACUGAUGAUUUUCUGUACAGUGUUUUUUUUUAACAAUUUUUAUUGAACAUUGUUAUGAAGUUGAUGGAGCGGUCAAAAUGUACAGUAAAGUUAUAAUCUAUGAUUCAUCUCUAUAUGAGGUUUAAUAACAUUUUGAUCACUCAUGCUCAUUACGUCAAGGGAAAGAUCUCUUUCCUGUGAGUUCUAUCCAGUCCUAUUGCUUUCCAAAUGACGUGAAGGUAAUAACUGUGGUCCAGUUGACUCCCAGCGAAUCUAACAAUGUUCAUACAAAUACUUCUCCGGAAAGAUGUCUCGCCUUGAUUUCAUCUAUCAUGUUCAUUUUCCACUGGGGAUAGUACCCCCCCCCCCCCCCGCUGCCGUGUUUCAGAUAUCGUUUUACUUCACGGGAAAAAUAUCUAGCCGGGAUUCCAUUUCCCACGUUGAUUUACCACUCGGAUGGAUAUCUUUCCCGAACGAUAUAUUACGGGGAGUCCGUAUCCCUCGUUGAUUUACCAUCGGAGUAGAUAUCUUUCCCGAGAUUCUGAAUUUCUUUCACGUACAUCCCAGGAAAACAAUAUCACAUGGAUGUGAGUUAUCAGGAUCUCGAAAAGAUAUCUUACUGAGAUUCCAUCUUCCGCUUUCAUUAUCCACCCGUGAAAGUUUUUUUUUGUCGGGAUUCUAAAAGCCCUCAUCCAUUUAUACACCAGGAAAGAUAUUUUGCCGAGAUUCCAUUCCGGCUAUACCAUAGUAAUUUACCAACGGGAUAAGUAUCUUUCGCGGGAUUCUAAUUACUCACAUCCACGUACAUCCCGGGAAAGAUAUAUUGCCGAGAUUCCUUCUCUCGUGUCCAUUCACCAACCGAGAUAUAUUUUUCUCCCGGGAUUCUAAUAACAUAAAUCCAUGUGCAUCCCGGGAAAGAUAUCUUGCAGAGAUUCUCUCCCGUCUUUGUUCACCAACCGGGAUAGAUUUCUUUCCCCAAGACUUUUAAACACCCACUGUGACCCACAUCCAUAUCUUUCCCGGAAGAUAAUCUUCUCCAUGAUUUUACAUGUAAUUGCACAUUUUUGUUAUGCCAUGGGAUUAAUCUGCAGGUGAAUGUAUGAAAAGAUUGGGGGGGGGGAAUGAUAAAAUUGAUUCAUCGGACGACUUCACAUUAUUUGUCAAAAAAAUAAAUAAAUAGCGUUCAUUAUCUAGAAUUACAAACGGUAAAGUAUUCUGAUCUCGUAAUUGACUUAUUCUGUGUAAUACAUGUAUAGAUAGUUUUCAAAUUUUGAUUGUUACGGCAGUUGAUUGUAUAAAAGUUCAUAUAAUUUUAUUGGACAUUCAACUAUUGAACUUGUGUUAAAGAUGAUGAAUAGCAUGAUUUGAUGAUGCACUGAUCUGCGUGUGACACUAACUUUCGAUCACUAGUUGUGGGCAUUAGUAUUUAGUAGGCAUAUAUGUACACAGCAUGAUAUCAUGCACUACAUGAGUGCAUAUUUUUAUUACUGUCUUUCAUGUGGAAUUGGAUCUUGCUUUAAAACUACAAGAAUUUUCUUGAAUUCAGAUAUAGUCAUGAUGGUAUCUAUUUAUGUUUUGUUAUCAAUGUACAUAUUUUAACGUUGGAAUCUUGCGAUAUAUGCAUGCAGUAAAGAUCGGUUG